AUGUCUGCAUCGACUGUUCCUCGCCGCCACGCUGAGAGCCUCGAGCUCAAUCACCAAGACCGGAACACCGCUCCACCAGAGUUGCGCUCUGAGCUGAAGGGAGAGAUGGAAGUCGUUAUCAAUCCGGCAAAAGGUAAAAGAACCCUCACCUGUCUUGGGAUUCUUUAAUAACGUCCCAGAGCCCACCACAGGCGAGAAGCGCAAGCGUGACGCCAACGAAGACGACCACGCCUCCUCCCGUAGCUCAUCACAAACCACCCAGCCCUUCCACCACACCCCAUCGUCCUCCCCAAACUACUUCUCCCUGGAAGACUUCAACAAGCGCUGGGAGACCGACUACCUCUCCCUCCGCUCCCACCAGAAUCUCAACCGUAUCCUCUACAGUUGCGGCUUCGGCGCCUACGGCUCUCCGAUCGAGGAUCCCCCGGAGGAAGAAUGCUUCCCGUACGAAGUCCACGCAGAGGUUCUCCAGGCCAAACUCAAGCACACCCGUCUCUUCACCGAUCUGCACGGCGUGUAUCCCGUGAAGUUCGAGAGUCAGGACUGCGAGCCGUUCUCGGAGAUCAACCUCGCUCAGGCGCACGAGGACGAGAAGGCCAGCAAGGCUGGAUAUCUGAGGGCGAUUCGUCACCGCAUGCGCGUCAAGGCUCUCACGGGCCACGAGAUGGCAUGGCCGAAGCCCAAGGAGUGGUGGGCUUUCCGGGGCUCGGAUAUGACGAGAGGGGAGUUCGAGGAGAUUCAGGAUGAGAUUGAGCAGGACAUGCAUGUUGCGGCUGGAGAUUGGGAGGCUUACCAUGGCAAGGAGAAGCCGGAGGAUCGUGCAAUCAUGGGAUGGAGGGCUUGA